AUGGGUCUUUAUUAUCAAGAUAACUUGGAUGAUUUUGGCCAUAGAAGAACUAUCUUCAAAUGUUCAGACUGCUACUCCCAUUUCUUUACAUCUUCAGACAUCAUAUCAGACAAUUUCCAUGGUAAAAAUGGUACUGCAUAUCUAGUUGAGAAAGUUGUUAAUGUUAAAAGAGGACCAACAGAAAUAAGAAGUAUGAUGACUGGUGAGUAUACAGUCUGUGACACGUUAUGUCAACAAUGUGGUAAAUACAUUGGCUGGGAAUAUUUAACUGCUGAUGAGAUUAGUGAAAAAUAUAAAGAAGGGAAACACGUUAUUGAGGUGUGUGGGUUAGGUGCUUCCGGGAUGGAUAAGAAGAAGGAGCUAUUGUUUUAG